AUAAACGUGAAAAGCCAACUAGUUUUUGGAUUUGUACCUUCUCUUUGAAUUAGUUGCCUUUCCGAGCCUUCCAAUUUCAUCCCUGAUAUAGCACGAGACACAUGCAAGAACUGAAACCCAUGGUUUCAGACAGAAAAUUGGCUAACGCUGUCGGCGGAAAAUCCGCAAGAGCUUGUGAUAACUGCGUACGAAAAAGGGCUCGCUGGUACUGCGCUGCCGAUGAUGCAUUCUUGUGCCAAUCUUGCGAUUCUUCUGUCCACUCCGCGAACCCUUUGGCCCGUCGGCACGAAAGGGUUCGUCUCAAAACAGCAUCAAUCAGUUCUUUUGACGACGGGUCCAAAGCGGGACUUCAGAUUUCCGUGCCCUCUUGGCAUCAGGGUUUCACCAGAAAAGCUCGAACUCCGAGGCAGAAAAAACCAGGAAAACUGAUCAACAACUCUGAGGAUCCCAUUAACAGGAUUAGUCAUCCUCUUCACCUCGUGCCUGAAAUUUGCAGCGAAGAGCAAUCCCAUGAAGAGAACGAGGAGCAGCUUCUUUAUAGGGUUCCCAUCUUCGAUCCCUUCGUUGCAGAAUUAUGUACUUCUGCAAAUUCACCGGAGGUUUUAACAACCACUUUUCAAAUCAAUGAUGAAGAGAAUAAACGGGGUUUCGGGCAUGAGUCCAAAGCGGCGGCAAAUGGUUUCAGCCAAGAAAUGAACCAUUUGCAAGGAUUUCUUCCAUCUGACAUGGAUCUUGCGGAAUUUGCAGCCGAUGUCGAGAGCUUACUGGGAAAAGGGCUGGAAGAUGAAUCUUUCCAUAUGGAAGAAUUGGGACUUUUUGAUUGUGACGAAAAGGGAAAAGAAUUGCACGACUGUUCUAAUUUGUUGCCGAGCGGAAGGGUGAAAGUUGAAGAUGAAGAUGUUGCUGAAUUAAUGGCGAUGGGUCAUGAAAAUCAUCAUCUCGAUGUGGAAUUUGACAUGGGAAGAGAAACUUUCGAGCUGAAAUUCGACUAUGGUUCUCCGGUUGCAUGUGAAGAAGAAGACAUUAAAGCCCAAAAUGAAGAGAGAAUUGGCUGGAACAGUUGUUUCCAGGAGUGUAAAAUGGGUGAUUCCAGUAAGACAUUUUUGAGGCUUGAUUAUGAGGGUGUUUUGUCAGCUUGGGAUGACAAAAAAUCUCCCUGGACAACCGGCGAACGCCCCAAUUUGGAUUCCUGUGACUGCUGGCCUGAUCAUUGCUUGGGCACAAGUGGAGCAAUGCAUGUAUAUGGAGAAAUGGGAAGGAUGAGCGGGCAUGCGGCAGCAAUGGCGGAUGGAGGGAGAGAAGCGAGGGUGUCGAGGUAUAGGGAGAAGCGGCGAACCAGGUUGUUUUCCAAGAAAAUAAGGUACGAGGUUCGGAAAUUGAAUGCUGAGAAGAGGCCCAGGAUGAAAGGGAGGUUCGUCAAGAGAUCAAAUUUUGCGCCACCUGCCGCCGCCGCCGCCGCUGCUGCUGCUGCUUUCUCUUUUAAUUAAUGCUCAAUAAAUAGGGUGAAACAGUAAACUGCAGUUUACUGUCAGGCUUAACUACUACUCUGUACGUAAUGCGUAUAUAUAUGCUGCCAUGUACAUAGCCAUCGUAUCAAUAUAUAUAUAUAUAUAUAUAUAUGUGGAAAAACGCAAUCUCC